GACAGAUUUACAUUCUCGUUUCAUUUGUCUUUUUCUUGAAUGAUGAACAACAUUAUUACAUUUUUGUUAGUAGUCAUUGCAUUAUUGCAAACCAAAUUAAGUUUGUGUGAUAACGAACCUCUUGUUCUUAGGUACUACAAAGAAACAUGUCCCUUGUUGGAAGAGAUUGUUCAUCAUCAAGUAGAAAUUGCGGUUCUAAAAGAACCUCGAAUGGCUGCUUCACUUCUUCGCCUACAUUUCCAUGAUUGUUUUGUAUUGGGUUGCGAUGGUUCGGUUCUUUUGGAUGAUUUUGAAGGUGUAGAAAGUGAAAAGAAAGCCGAACCUAAUUUGAACUCUUUAAGGGGAUAUGAAGUCAUUGAUGAAAUCAAAUACCUUGUUGAAGAAGCAUGUCCUUGUAUUGUGUCUUGUGCUGAUCUUCUAGCUAUUGUUGCUCGGGAUGCCGUAGCUUUGAGAGGUGGGCCCAAGUGGAAUGUGUAUUUAGGAAGGAGAGACUCAAUGAAAGCAAGCUUGAAUGGUGCAAAUAACUUUAUUCCUUCUCCAAAUUCUUCUUUGGAAACCCUAAUUGCCAACUUUCAAUCUCAAGGUCUUGGCAUUCAAGAAUUGGUUACUCUUUCAGGUAGCCACACAAUUGGGAAGGCAAAAUGUAAGAGCUUUAGACAAAGAAUCUAUGACUACAAAGAUUCUAUGUCAAGCUCAGACAAUCACCGCACAAAAGACAGAGUUCCAGAAGAUUCUAGAAUCAAUAUGUCCGACAUCUGGAAGAGACGACACAUUGGUCCCACUAGAUUUCAUGACCCCAACAAGAUUCGACAAUCAAUAUUUUCACAACAUUAAAAGUGGCAAUGGUCUCCUAAUUUCAGACAAUGUGUUAUUGUAUGAUGGUGUGGAAGGAGAAAUAAGAGACCUUGUUUGGGCUUUUGCCUUGGAUGAAGAAUAUUUCUUUGGGUUGUAUGCGCAUUCAAUGAUAAAAAUGGGGAAUAUACGUGUACUUACGGGAAAACAAGGAGAAAUAAGAAAGAAUUGUAGGUUCAUUAACACCUAAACAUAAGAUUUAAAUUUUAAAACUGUUUGUUUGGAACGUGUUGUUACAGAUUGUGUUAUUGUUGAAUUUUCUUUGGAUUAUGCAAAGUUGAAACUUAUGGGAUUCUAAUC